GAAAUUUUUCCUGUACGAAAAUUCUGCCAAAGUCCAAAACUAGUUUUCUACAUUCUUUUCAAAGAGACAAUAGAGUCAAGUGUGGUUCUCGCCGGUUCGCUGCGUUUGAUGGGUUCCGGGGUUUGAGGUACCGCUACGCCGGAAAAGGUACGUCCUUUCUAUCAUGGGAAGAAUCAUUCCAUAACCUUGGGUACUAGAGGGGAAUAAGAUUCUUUAAGGAGAGAUAGUGAAUUCUAUUGGCUAGGACGCUUGCAUGUGUCUUUGCAUGUUUUCUUAAUCUUAUAUGUUUGCUUGUGUUGCAAAAAAAAUAGUAUACGUGAACAAUUUCCUCAACAUUUUGUAGACCGUAGAGGUGGUGGUGGCCGAGAUGAUGGGGAGACGGCGACAGAUUCUUCGCUCUCUGUCUUCAGUUGAUAUGCUUGAGGUGGAACUGUCCGGUGAUCACUAUGAAUUAGGGUUGCCAACGAAGUUGAGGAGCUCGAGGCUGGCGCCAUGGUGAAGUCUCUAUUUAAUAAGUUUGCGAGAAUACUUUGUAAUUACAUGCAAUAGACUAUCAACUAGUUGCUUCCAUGAUAAAAAUAUCUACUCUCAAUUCUCUUUAUCUGUGUGGAGACAGAAAGAUCAAUUUAGUGAUGUAAUUGUUCUCAAUGAUCAUCAUAUUCUUAAUAGAAGAACAACGAUACUUUUAAAUUUUUAUUGUACAAAUUUAAACCCAUGCAACCGGUAUCCGGUUUUUGCCAUUUGAUAAUGUAAUGAUGUUAGGUUUAAAAGAGAAUGUGGUCUAACAUGACAGAGGAAUGGUGUUUGGUUAGGAGUUUUUGUCCGACCAUCAAAGAAAUAUGUCACAACUUAGAGCAUAUAAGUACUUCCAAUCUCAGGUUCAGUAGAAAAUCGACCAUCCAAAUUGAUGAAGAUUUCAAUCCUAAGUGUUCAUACAUUUUUCUAGCUAAGUUACAACAUUAGUGAGAUGAUACAAUUCUCCGUCUGUGAGUUUGUCUUUUCAUUUAUCUAAGAUGAGUUUUACAACUUGGUCUCAGAGGCAAGGAUGAUCUUGAUAGGAAAUUGAUGCGGCAUUGAUAAGUCUUUCACAGAUUCGCUCCAGUUGUAUUGAUAGCUUUGCGAUUAUAAUCCAUUUGAAAUUGUGCUUCUAUGUGUUUUCUUCGUUUCAAAAUAUAUGUUCAAAAUCAGACCAAUUAGCUCUGUUGUGGAGUGAAAUCAUUGCAAGGAAUUUCCAUUCAGAUGAGUACCACUCUAUAGGUUUUUUUUGCCUAAAAUGCAAGUUGACCAUUGGUUUUCUGGUGCUUUCCUGUCCUUUAUCUUGGUUUCAGACUUUCAGACACAAAAGUUGUUUGUUCUCCUUAAAGAUGAUUGCUUUUUCUUUGAUUGGACUGAUUGAUUUUGCUCUAAGCCUUCUAUAUGCGACUCUAAGCAUGUUGUUUUGCUACUAAGUAGUGAAAAUUACCUCAUUUGUUUUAUGGUUCUCUAGCCCUUUCGUGCUCUUUCUUUCUAGGUUUUGGCCUAUCGUCGGUGACACCCAUGGAGAAGGAGAACGAUUGAAGGAUCUCCCAGAGUUGCUUCAUUUUUGUUCUCAAUUUCAAGUGAGUUUCCCUUCACCAGCCUGUUGUUAGAGUUAGUCAAUAGAGUUGUAAUACGACAUUGAUGAGAGAAGUAAAGUAUAAAGAUGGAGUCUUUUGGCAGUUUAAUUAAUUAAUUAAUUUUUAUAUUAAUUAGUUAGCGUUUGAAUAUUGUGAAAAGAAGUGUCCUUCUAGAAAGGUAACUUCCCUUUUCUGUGAAAGGAUGUGUCCUUUCGGGAGAGGUAACUACCUUGUUUUGUGAAAGGAUGUGACUUUUCGGAAGGUAACUUCCAGUUUUCACAACUAUAAACAGAUGAUUGCCAUAACUCUUUUGAUAACGUGAGAUUACUUCUUCUACCCGUUUUCCUUCUCUAUUUCAUAAACAAAGAAGUAUGCAAGAUUGUUGCUUCUAGACUUAAAAUUGAAGGGACUCCUGGGGGGUGGUUUGCUCGAGCCUACCAGCAAUUUGUAGUGGGGGCAAAUAACACUCUAAGGAGAAUGAUUAAUCAUGCCUUCAAUCCGAUUAUUUCCUAUCAGUUCCUGACAAUCUUAGAGUGUUAUUUUGCUAUUGGAAAAAUGGAGUUUGGAGUGGAGAGUACGUUGAAGGCGUAUGCUUCUGAUUCGAAAAAGUGUGGUUCUCGAUGUUUUACUGUGAUCAGGAGUUUGAGAUACUGGUACACCCGAAAGGCUGUUUCCUGAACGAGGAAAGUGACAGUCGAACAUCAUUGUAAAAAUGGUUGGUUCCGAAGAGGAGAAGAAGAAAAGUGGCACUCGAGUCUCGAGUCAUCGGGAAAGCAGCAAUUGGUGUUAAUUUUUCCCCUUUGGUUCCGAAGAGGAAAAGGUCGCAUUCGAUAGUCAUCGGAAAAAUAGGUACCUGUUCCUAUAACUUUUGGUGUAAUUUGCACCUAAUUGCUGGCUGCAUUCAAAAGGGAAAUUGAAUCAUAGAAUUUGAUUGUUUAUCAUUAUCCGUGUGUUCAAUCUUCUGGUUAUAUUGAAUUCGACUCUGACAAAAGAAUGAUCGGUUCCUUAUAACCAGGCCUUUCAUUUAUAUAUGUGAUGGCGAUUAUUCUGUUAAUUGUAAUUGUCCAUGCAUUGUGAUCCUCUACGUAUGCAUCAUGUAGCUUCCAAUAGUGACAGACAUGAUACCCCCACGAUUGAUAUAAUUUUUGAUGGAUCUUUUGGUCAUAAGUUUCGUUGCACAUAUGCAUGGGUUAACGGUGCAAUUAAAGCAGCCAAUAGUUGUGCAUGCUAAGAACAGUUUUAGAAUAUUACUCGGUGUUUGUUUAUAUUCUGCCUAGAGAUGAUGAUGUACCGAAAUUGGUUAUUUUCAUAAUGCCUCUUGAUACGUACAUGGUUUUGUAAUUUUCAUGUUCUUGGUUUAACAUAUGUGAUUGCAAAGAAAAAAAUGGUUAACCAAUUCCAUUUGGUUAAUGAAAUAAAAUACUUUUGUAGUAUUUGAGAUGAGAUGGAACAAACUCAUAAUUCACGAGAAGAGUUUGGAGAAAUUCAACUUGUUUGAAUUUGGAAGAAUUCACGUUGAAUUCUUGAAACAAAUUUUGUCACCAAAAUUUGUAUGAGUUUCAAUUUUGAUGCUUGCAAGAUGAAACAAUUUGGUUUAUGUAACAAGAUUGUUUGAGUUGUGCAAUUGAAGCAUAUUGAAAUAAUGGUGAAAAGCAUUCCCCGACAUGGUAAUUUGUUUAUCAUGUAUUGGUUCAUGAUGUCAUGUUUCAUAUGCCAUGAGGGAAAGGAAAAAUGAAACUAAGAUGGGUCCUUAUAAGGAUUGAAUAAGCUUGCCAAAGAAGGAUGAUUAUCAAAAUAAUCAUUGCCAGAAUUGUUUAUUGUAUAUAUAGACAUAUACCAUUGGCAAACAAUUUGGCUUGAGAACUAAUUGAGAGGAUCUUAUUGAACUUAAAUUCUGAAUUACUUAUGGUAUGUGUGUGAAUUUAUACCAUUGGAAAAUAAUUAGAAGAUUGAAUUAGAAUAGUCAUUUGAAUUGCUUGUGGUAUGUCAAGUUAACUUCGUGAAAUAUCAUUGGUAAGUAAUUAGAUGGUAUUUCUAAUACAAUCUGGAAAUGCAACUGAAUUACUUGUGGCAUCUCAAGUUACCUUGACCAAUUCCAUUAGUAAGUAAUUAGAUGAUAUUUCUAAUAAUAUCUGAAUUGUUUGUGGUAUACUAAUCUAAUUAGUUCAUAUCAUUGGUAAACAAUUAGAUCAAUCUAGUGGUUGAAAGCUCAAUAAGUAAUACCAUGGAAAAUAAAAAGGAAUUAUUCCAUGAUAGUUCGGCAAGUGGAAGAAUUGUGGGGGAGAUGGUUUUGAUGCUAGUUGGAUAGCAAGUUCUAGUGAAAAUAAAUCUGCAAAUGGUGGAUAUUACACUAGGUGAUGGAGUUGUUUCUUGGGUUUCGAAGAAACAAAAGUGUGUUACACACUCCACUAUGGAAGAUGAAUUUCUAGCCCUUCGGGCGGCGGGAAAAGGGCAGAUGGUUAAGAAACAUAUUGUUAGAUAAAGAGUUGUGGCCACAACCGAUGUUAGCCAUUUCUGUCUAUUGUGAUAGUGAGGCUACUUUGUCUAAAACUUAUAACAAGAUUUACAAUGGUAAGUCUAGACAUAUAAGCCUAAGACAUGGUUACGUUAGAUAUUUGAUUAUUAAUGUAAUCAUUUCUAUUGUGUAUGUAAGAUCAAGCAUUAAUUUAGCAGAUCCUCUUGCCAUGGGAUAGCCAAGAGGCAUGAUCUAUGAGACAUCCCAAUGGAUGAGAUUAAGACCUUUUGUGUAGUUAGAAGUAACGGGAACCCAACCUUUUCUUUAGGUAUUCACUAAUUAAAAGGUUCAAUGUGGUAAUAACAAGUUACUCUAACAGAGGCGCUAAUUUAUCGUACAAGUAAAUUAGUCCAAAGAAGGGUGAGUUAUAGAACUCUUAAGAUGAGUUAUAGAACUCUUAAUGAAUUCAUUUGGAAUGUCACCUAUGUGAGCAUUUAGAGUGGUGCCGCUCUAACAAAAGUAGAGGUCAACUUUUGUGUAUGCUCAUGAAACAGGAUUAACACAUAGCCAUAAUAGUGCUACCCUAGUUGGUGAUUGUGGUUUAGAGAAGAGACAAGUACGUGUGUGGCAUCUCUGGUUAUAGCUUUGGAUCGUGACUCCUAGGCUUAAGCUCGUCACUGAUUCGUUAUCAACUUUGAGUUGUUUACACUAGGUAAAGGUUCAAAUCGAAAAGAUACCUUUAUGUAUGCGUUACUUGUUCGAGGCAGGUAUUCUCAACUCUUGUUGACUAAGUGAGGGAUUGUUAGAGUUAGUCAAUGGAGUUGUAAUACGACAUUGAUGGGAGAAGUAAAGUAUAAAGAUGGAGUCUUUUGGCAGUUUAAUUAAUUAAUUAAUUUUUAUAUUAAUUAGUUAGCGUUUGAAUAUUGUGAAAAGAAGUGUCCUUCUAGAAAGGUAACUUCCCCUUUCUGUGAAAGGAUGUGUCCUUUCGGGAGAGGUAACUACCUUGUUUUGUGAAAGGAUGUGACUUUUCGGAAGGUAACUUCCAGUUUUCACAACUAUAAAUAGAUGAUUGCCAUAACUCUUUUGAUAACGUGAGAUUACUUCUUCUACUCGUUUUCCUUCUCUAUUUCAUAAACACAGAAGUCUGCAAGAUUGCUUCUUCCAGACUUAAAAUUGAAGGGACUCCUGGGGGUGGUUUGCUCGAGCCUACCAGCAAUUUGUAGUGGGGGCAAAUAACACUCUAAGGAGAGUGAUUAAUCACGCCUUCAAUCCGAUUAUUUCCUAUCAGUUCCUGACACCUGCAAUGUGUUUAGUGAUACCCAAUCCACCUUUUAUGUGGUUUUGUUUUGAUAUAAUUUUGUUAUGAUGUCGUGUUUCACAUGGAGUUCGGUAAAGAAGAGCAAGACAAUGAUAGCUAUGCGUAACGACGGCUUCGAAAUUGAUUCCUAACAGGCCCUCCUGCACUUCGAUUUGUGACAUGUCCAAGUUCAUCCGCUUUGUUUCUCUUUUUAGAUUACCUGUUUUCUAUAUAUUGGUGUAUGUAAUGUAAUAUCGUUUGUUUGUUAUUGUGUUUUAUUAUAGUUAUGCUGUAAUAGGUGAUUGAGGGAACAUGCAAAAUUAUCCGGGCUUAUUGGAUUGGUCCAUUUAAAACCAGUUUACUACUCCAAACUACGUGAUAUUGAACCCAAAAUUAGUUUUAGGUGUAAACACCUGGAUUUUUAUAAAAUCAGUCAACUACGUUUAUACCCUUAGAAACCCACGAAACUUUUGGCGUUACAUUCUAGAUGCAAUCGCAUACUACAUACUUUGCAUACUGUUGAAUGUAUUUGUCGAAAUUAUUAUAUAUAUCCGGGUGUACUUCAACAAACCACAUUGUCAAACGUACAAUACCUGUAAGAAUAUGGCUGUUUCCAUCAUGAUAUAAUAAUAAUAAAUAAUAAUAAAUAAUAAUAAUAAUAAUAAUAAUAAUAAUAAUGGAAUUAUAUGUAUAAUUAAAAUUUAUUAUUCCAACCCCCAGUCCCUCCUACUUUUCCUCAGUCCAGAAGAGUUGAAAAUCAUCCAACCUUUCCCCAAGGAAAACAGAAGCCCAUAACAGUAAUUUCCGACCUUCUUCCUCCAAACAGACCCUUCCUUACUAAGCAACAAAACCCCCUUUCUUUCACCCCAAUACAUACAAGUACAGACACAUCUCCCUUUUACAAAUUCAAUUAAUUACAAUAAUUAAACCUUCGAGUAGAUUAAUUAAUCUCCAUAAUUAUAUAAACAUAGGCAAAAUCUUUCACUUUCCACACAUUAGCUCUCUCCCAAAGCUGAUCACACAAUUGAGACAACUAUGGAGUUCUUCACCAAAACCAAGGCCGUCAAGCUCCGGAGCCACCUCGACAAGUACCUCCUCGCCGACGACGACCGCCACACCGUCCGCCAGACCCGCUCCUCCGCCUCCUCCCGCCGCGCCACCUGGUUCGUCGAGCUCCUCCAAGACCACGACGGCGCCGGCGGCGCACCACUCAUCCGCCUCCGCAGCUCCUUCGGCACCUACCUCUCCGCCUCCGACGCCCCCUUCCUCCUCGGCGUCACCGGCUGCAAGGUCGUCCAGGCACCCGCUCCGCCGCCGGACCAAAAGACGACCGCCGCCGCCGCCGCCUGCCUGGAGUGGCGCCCCGUGAGGGACGGGUUCCAGGUCAGGCUCCAGAGCUGGUGCGGGAAGUACCUGAGGGGGAACGGCGGCACGCCGCCGUGGAGGAACUCGGUGACCCACGACGACCCGCACACCGGCGCCACCCAGAAGUGGAUCAUGUGGGACGUGGAGGCGGUGAUCGGCGGCGAGACGGAGUCGGUGGCGGAGUACCUGUCGUCGGUUUCCAGCCUUUCUUCGCUCUCCGACGAGAUGCUCGAGGCGGUUUCCGAAGACUACAAAGGCUCGUCGUCGCCGCGGUCGCCGAUGUCCGUCGUGCCGCCGGCCAGGACGCCGAGGUUGACUGUGAUUCGGUCGUUCUCGCCGAAGCUGUCCGACUCUCCAAGGAAGAAGACCGACAGCUUCAACCAAUUCCGCUCCGCCAUGGAGUUCUUCCACAAGGCCAAAGCCGUCCGCCUCCGCAGCCACCACGACAAGUACCUCCUCGCCGACGACGACGAGGAAUCCGUCCUCCAGGACCGAAACGGGUCGUCCAAGUCGGCCAAGUGGUGGGUCGAGCCCGUACCCGGAUCCGACUCCAUCAUCCGCCUCAAGUCCUCCUACGGCAAGUACCUCACCGCCUCCAACCACCCUUUCCUCCUCGGCAUGACCGGCCGGAAGGUGCUCCAGACCCUCCCCCGCCGCCUCGACUCGUCGGUGGAGUGGGAGCCGGUUCGGGAGGGGACCCAGAUCAAGCUCCGGACCCGGUACGGGAACUUCUUGAGAGCUAACGGCGGCCUCCCGCCGUGGAGAAACUCUGUGACCCACGACAUCCCGCAUCGGACCGCGACCCAGGAUUGGGUUCUAUGGGACAUGGACGUCGUCGAGAUUCAAGUCCAGUCCCCUGCCGCCGCCAAAUCCCCUGCUUCUCAGCAGCAGGAGCUCCCUCACGCGGAUUCGCUCAAUUUCGAGGAAUCCAGCUCGCCUUCCUCUUUCUCCGCUAAACCCACUAAUUUCUCCAGACAAGAGUCGACGGACUCGAAUGUUGGGUCGCCGCCGAAGUUGGAGGGGAGGACUAUUUACUACCACGUAGCUGACGAGACGGGGGAGGUGGAGGAUGACGUGGAAGUAGGCUAUUCGCUGAGUUUCAAAGGGAAUGGGGUUGAAGGCUUGACCCAGAAGCUGAAGGAAGAGACUGGUUUGGAAGAUAUAGUGGUUUGUUCCAGGAGUCCCUUGAAUGGGAAGCUUUACCCUCUCCGAUUGCAGCUCCCUCCUAACAAUGCCGAUAUGCACGUCAUCGUUGUUCCAUCCUCUUCUAAAGUGGCCAGAGAAUUCGAGAAACAAGGACUGCUGUGAUUGUGAUCUGUCACUAUAUCUAUCUGGACGAUGGUCGAUGGAUAUACUCCUGGACUGUAAAUACUGCUGCUAUGUGAAAUGGGAUGAUCUAUAUGUCAAGGAAUGAUUGUUGAAGAACCAAGAGUGGUUUGCCAUCAAAGCUUUGACAUGCAUUUUGAAAAGCUGCUUUGAUCAGUACCAUGCAGCUAGCUAGUAGCACUAGUUAGUAUAAUGGCUUAUGUUGGUUUUUGUUGAUAAGCUUAAUUGGUCAAAUUUUUAAUCUUGUAAAAUUUGUUGAAAAGGAUGAAAUUGAAAGGAACGGUUCCAGUUUAAGAAGAGGUUAUGAGUGUUUUGUUAUUCAGGUUCUUGGGACUUUGUUUCUACUGCAAAACAAACAUGGAACCACAAAGUUAGAGGUUUCUUUGGAUGAAUGAAUAUAUUGAAUGAUUAAGG